ACCAAUCCUAGCGCAAGUCUACGCGGGACACCCAUGCCGCGAUAUUGGCAUACGAUAUAUUUGCGCCAUCUGGUAAUGCGUGACAUGUCAUUUUGUAUGGAGGCCCCGAGACCGUGACAAUUAUCCACGGUCAUGAGUCUACGUUGCUGGAUUUUUCUGGACAAAUCUGCUUAACGCUUCCUUCCGAUCUACGGAGCAUAGCAGAUCUUACCACCGCGUCCACAUCAGCCAGGUCUUUCAAUCCAGAAAGUAACGACGGUACGGUCAUGCAGACAGGACUCAUUCAACUACUGGCUCUGCAUAUGCUGGCGGGGCUUUCAGCCGCUCAACUGCCGUCAACAUGGAAGCCGCAAGACAUGAUCACAUAUUUCUGCUCGCGCUGGUAUCACCAAUCCAUCAUUAAGAACGAUGUCUUAUACCUGUAUGGAGGCGUACAAACGUUUAAUGUGCCAGAAAUUGACGUAUCAUCGAGGAACUAUAUCCUUGGCUAUAAUCCCUUCAUACUACAACUCGACCUAAGACAACCAUGGGACUGGCGGAAGAACAUCUCUUGGCUAUCUUUUGAGACUACACCCAACCCAAAAACAGGUGCAAGUGUCAUACAAGCUAUGGUCACUGGAUCGAUGUUCCAUGGUCCUUACAGCAGCCCUGACGUCUGGACAUAUGGCGGAACGAUCUUCCGGGGUAAUGAAUCGUUCCUGGAAACUGUCAACCCAAAUGCAUUUCGCGAUCAGAGUAACAUUUACCCGCUCUGGUCAUUCGAUAACGAGACCAAUACCUGGGAUCAGUUCGACAUCGGCACCCUGAACACUCCAAGCUAUGGAUCAUCGGCGGAAGCCCCUGAUCAGGGUCUGGCAUUCUAUCUCAAUGGCCGAACGGACAAUGGCACGAACAAUGGCGUACAUAAUGCGGGUGACAUUCAGCUUCUUCUCGACGGCAUGAUCGUUAUAGAUCUGGUACACCAUACAUCGCAGAACAUCUCAACAGCUGGUAUGAAGGAUCCACAGCCUCGUCUAGGCGGCAGCCUGCAAUACGUUCCAAACAUUGGCGUUAGUGGACUGCUCGUAGCAUUGGGCGGCAAGGUCUUCGACGGAGUCCAGCCUGUAACAUCACAAAGUCGAGGGCGACUGCUGAGCUUUGACCACGUUGAUGUCUUCAAUCUGGGCUCGUACAGCUCAAAGGAGAGUAACGGCACCUGGUAUACUCAAGCCACUUCUGGCGACAUCCCUCCAGCACGCAUCGAUUCCUGCACUGUGCUAGCUUCAGCCCCCGAUAAUUCAUCGCACAAUAUCUUCAUAUAUGGGGGCUGGGACCCAACAAGCAACAUCACCAAGUACUACGACGACAUGUAUGUUCUUUCUCUGCCAUCGUUCACUUGGAUCAAGAUGUUCAUGGGUGAGUCACCUCGCUAUGGCCAUACUUGCCACCUCUCCGCUGGCCGUCAGCUUCUCACCAUCGGAGGCAGUACACAACAUGGUAACGUCACAGAUUCGUGUGAUUGGGAAGCUGAGUCGGUGGGAAUAAUGGAUCUCACACCACUGACGUGGGGGAGUGUCUACUCUGCGGAGUACCGGCCGUAUGAAGUCAGCAACAAGCUGAUUGACAAGCUUGGUGGUACGGCACAGGGGAAUGCCACGGUGAGGGAGCCCGAUCAAGGAUGGGCUUCUGAGGAGUUUGGGCACAUCAUGCGUACUUCCCGAAUCUACUCGAAUCUCAACGGCACCCUGGAGGUCUUCAAUCCGAUGGUGAAGAAGACAUCAGGAAUGAGCUCGAAGACUCGCACGGCAAUCAUUGCCAGCGUCACUAUCGUCGGUGUAUUCGUCAUCGCCUGCAUUGUCUGGCUCUUCUCCUUCAAGCGCAAACGACGUAACAGUGCUGCAAAGACCAUCAGCCCCCGAAACACAACUGAGCCCUACUUUGAAGCCAACGAGAGAGCUAAGGUCGAGCUAUCCCCUGACGAGAAGCAAGUCUACGAGAUGACUGGAGAAGGAUAUAUGCACGAAGCGACAGCAGGUACCGUCAGGGCUGAAGCAGAUAGAUCGAAUAUAGCGGUCAGCGCGGUCGAACUGCCGGCGACAAACUUCAGCGAGAAAGGGAGAUGGGGAGUCCCUCUCAUCAAGGUGCCUAGUCCUACAACUACAGUCCGUGUACCCAAGGACGAGAAGGAUGAGCAUGCUGGACGCGGCAACGAAGGUGGAGAUAUGGUUUGACGUAAGGAACGAAGGUAUACGAAUUAUGAGCAACGACUUCGAUGACAGCCUAGAUUUGCAUAAGAGUAUCAAAUGAUGAGAACGUUUUUGCUUUGCAUGUCAAGUUGGAGUUCAUGUGAGUAGCUGGAACCUCGGAG